AACAUUUUAACUUUUGUUGUCUUUGUCAACAUAUAAAUAUAUAUAUAUAUAUAUAUGGAGCGUCCCAUCCCAAACAACCUUGAGAAGCUAUGGAAUUUAUGGGAAAUCUCAGUCUGCGUUCUCUUAAGCCUCUCCUUACAGAUUGGAUCGCCGCAGUUACUGUUGGAUUGAUCAACAAAGUCCACAGUGACCCUCUCCGCCGACAUGGGAAUGAAGACCUUCAUGCAUUCUGGGCUUCCUUUCUUUUGCUGCAUCUUGGUGGCCCUGAUACCAUUACUUCUUUUGCUCUGGAGGACAAUGAAUUUUGGCUGAGGCAUUUGUUCGGGCUCAUUUUGCAGGUUAUUGGUGCUGGUUAUUGUUUCUUUCUAACACUUCCCAACAACAAUCUAUGGCUUCCAACCAUUCUAGUCUUUGUUGUGGGAAGUGUUAAAUAUGCAGAAAGAACAAUAGCUCUGUAUCUUGCCAGCUUCAACCGUUUUGGAGCUACCGUUCGUGAUUUCGAAGAACCAGAUGCUGAAGGUACAAUGUUUGAUUUCCAUCUACCCUCAGAAUCAAAUCACAUGGAGUUGCUGAUGGUUUCUUAUUCCCUUUUCCAAUUCUUCAAGGGGAUUAUUGGUGGGUUCCUUCUUAGCUCCAAACUGAUGGAAUCAAGCAAAAAAAUGUUCCAAGAGAUAAGAAAUCCAAAUGUGGGUUUUAAACUGAUCGAGCACGAGGUCAGCUUCAUGUACGAGGUUCUCCAUACAAAGGUUGCUGUGGUAAGUAGUAGAAUUGGGUUUAUAUUACGUUUGAGCAGCUUUUGUUCCAUAGUUGGAGCUUUUAUAUUGUUCCAUUUCUUAGUUGACAAGGAUAAGUUUGGUGGAUUUGAAGUAUCACUAACUUAUGCCUUGCUCAUUGGCGCAAUGGGAGUUGAUACCAUAUCUGGUAUUAAACUCAUAUUUUCUGAUUGGAUUCUAGUUUCAAAAGGAUUCAAGAUGUUUAGAAAAUACGUACCAGAAUUUGUUUUGAAAAGAAGCAGAUGGUGUGGGUCGGUUUCCCAGUAUAAUAUGAUAGAUUAUUGCUUAGAUGAGCAUUGGAUUUGGAACUGCAACUUGCCUGACUGUAUUAGGGCCAUGGUAGAUAAGAUCAAAAUCAUGUUGUUUUCUUCAUCAACCAAUGACAUUGAAGAACUCAAAUGCUUCAUCUUCGAAAACCUGAAUCGGGAGAGUCGUAAGGAAAAACUAGAUGAGUCAUUCUUGUUUAUGAGUUCAGGUGAGACUGAUAGUUCUGAAUAUGCUGAAAAAAUUCUUGAAUUGCAUUUAGCUACUGAAAUUUGUUAUCACAGCCAGACAGAAAUGGAAUUAAACGAUUACACAGAAGAAAGAAAAAGGGCAAGAAGAAUGUGCAAGAUGAUUUCGGAUUAUCUGUUUUAUCUUCUGAUUAUGAAGCCUGAAAUGCUUGCACCAGUACUAACGGGAAAUUGGCAAUUAGCAUUCCAGGAUACGUUUGAGGAGGCCAAAGAUUACUUGAUGAAACAACAGAUUUCAGACCAUAUAAAAGCCUGCAACGAGUUUAUGAAUGUCGAAGGCAAAUUGAAAUUAAAAGAGUCUAAAGGUAGCAAAUCUGUGCUGUUAAAGGCAGGCGAACAAGGACGAGAAAUUAAAACAAAAAAUUGGGAUGGAUUUAGUGACCAUUGGUUUCUCUUCCUUUGCUUUGGAGCCGUUAAAUGCAGACCACUGUUACAUGCACAGCAGACUAGUAGGGGUGGAGAACUUUUGACUUUCACGUGGUUUUUUAUGCAACAUUUUGGCUUAGUCCCUGGGGAUAAGACUGAACAAGAACUAUCUUCUUCCUCACCCUCAUACAUGUACAUGUUUAAUUGAUCUUGAUUCGUACUGCUCUUGAAUUUCAAUUUACAUUUUGCUAAUGUGUUUGUAUUAUUGAUUUAUGUGGUUGACUCUUUCAGUUUUUUACUCUGAUUACAAUUCCUACUUUUGUUAGUAACGCAAUAUUUAACCUUGUUAUUGACUUGGUUUUUGUAACAAAGGGUGUGUACUUAUUUCUUCUAUAAAUAAGAGACUCCUGAUGGGAGAAGUAUGUGCUCACAUACCAUUCCUA